CAGUUGAUUUCCCCUCGUGCCUGUCGGUGCUGGCUCAAACAAAAUGGACCCGGACUUGACCUUCCGCUCUCGUCGGUCUCCCGUGGUGUGUCUACGCGGCUGUGUGGCGUCCAGUCAGCCGCUGGCUUCCGCUGCAGGACUGGGUGAGUGGGGCCAAGGAGCCCGGAGGAUGGACGAGCUCCAGGAAAAGAUCCAGGAAAAAGUUUCUCAGUGUUUCCAAACACAAAAUGACAGUUUUUACAUUCGGAAGUGAACACAUGGAAACAUCGUUCUCUCACCAAAACAAACUGGAGAAGCCACAAAUAAAGUUUGGUUGAAUGAUUUGGUCACAUGAGAAACGCAUGGAACCAGUGUUACACAACCCUGGUGCACAUGAUUCUAGAUGUCCUGAAGCGUGGUGGCAAUGCGGCAGAUGCUGCAGUUGCCAUAGCAGCGGCCCUGGCGGUAACGGAGCCGUGCAGCACCGGUCUUGGUGGAGACGCCUUCUGCUUGUUCUUCAACGGAAACACUGGAGAGAUCCGAGGAAUUAACGGCAGUGGUCGUUCGCCCCGAGCUCUGACCCUGGAGUUCCUGGAAGGCCGCGGUUACACGGCAGAGGCCCCUCCUUCCCCGUUUGAUGUGCUGAAUGUCACAGUUCCUGGGGCCCCUGCGUGUUGGUGUGACACCGUACAGCUCUUUGGUAGUCACAAGCUGUCCUUUCAGGAGGUGCUGAGCGGAGCGGUGGAGCUCGCAGAGGUGGGGUUUCCUGUUGCCGAGGUAACAGCUCACCACUGGGCCAAAUGGGUGGCCGCUCUGAGAGAUGAUGGGAAGGAACUAGGUGGGGACCUGCUAAUUGACAGUCAUGCUCCGAAAUGUGGCCAAGUAUUCAGAAACCACGCCCUGGCCAAGACGCUGAAGGAGCUGGGUGAACGGGGGAAACCAGCGUUCUACCAGGGCAGAGUGGCCCGAGCCAUCGUUGAUGUCAUCAGCCAACAUGGAGGAGUCAUGACUCUGGAUGAUGUCAGCAGCCACGACAGUGAAAUCAUCACUCCGAUAAGCACAGAGUACAAGGGCGUGUGCCUGUGGGAGCCCCCACCCAACAGUCAGGGACUGGCUGCCCUGCUGCUGCUCAACAUCCUGGAGAACUUCCCUCUCAAAGCUAUGGGCCACAACAGCUCGGACUACAUCCAUGUUUUGGUGGAGGCUGUGCGUCUGGCACUAACUGAUGCUCUGCGUUACCUGGGCGAUCCAGACCAUGUGACCAUCCCUCUGGAAGCCUUACUGGAGAAGAGCUACAGCCAUGAGCGAGCGCAGCACAUCCGCAUGGACAGGGCCAUGGAGGGAUUGGAGCCGGGCCUGACGACAGGAAGUGACACAGUCUAUUUCUGUGUGAUGGACAGGGAGGGGAAUGCCUGCUCAUUCGUUAACAGCAACUAUAUGGGCUUUGGGACUGGGCUCAUCCCAGAGGAUUGUGGGUUCUCCCUACAGAAUCGCGGUGCCAGCUUUUCUCUGCGUCGUAACCACGUCAACUGUGUCGCCGGGGGGAAGCGGCCGUACCACACCAUAAUGGCUGCACUCCUCACUGCCUCUGCAACCAAAUCACAAAAACCACAACUCCUCGCUGCACUCGGGGUGAUGGGGGCUUUGAUGCAAACACAGGGACACGUCCAGGUGUUGCUGAACAUGCUGGAGUUCGGGAUGAAUCCACAACAAGCACUGGACGCACCGAGAGUCUACGUAGAAUAUGACCAAAAAACUGAUGAGUGGCUGGUUCAUCUGGAGGAGGGGGUCGACCAGGAAGUAGCUGACGAGCUGAAAAGACGAGGCCAAAAAGUCAAGUGGCCAGUCACAGGCCACAGGAGGUCUCAGUUUGGGCGGGGACAGAUCAUCACAGUGGGGGAUUGGUGGAAUCCAUCUGUCACUCAAGCCGAGCGUCCGACCCGGGUGCUGUGGGCGGGAUCAGACCCCCGAGCUGACGGAUGUGCUCAGGGAUACUAGACACAUGUACUGACCCGAUCCACUCCAGAAUGUGAUGGACUUUUCAUCCAUGAAAUUCCAUGGAAAUCGGUUCUGUAGUUUUUGAGUAAUCCAUCGUUACUAAUAAUAAUUAAUAAUCAGACAAACCGUUCAAAUCUCUACACACGAGAUGUAGAGAGGAUGUUUUUUCACUUCCUCAGUCAGAUGAUUGAUAUUAUUACCAAAUGUAACUUGAUAAUGAUUCAGGUUUAUAAAACUGUCCUAGUGCCUCAUUUCAUCAUGUUCUUGUUUUGGACUGAAAUCGAUUUGUUUCUGUUUCUUUAUAGUUUUUACUGAAUUUUAUAAUGAAACUAAGGUUAAAUCCCUUAAAAACAUAAUGUGAAUAAGUGUCACGUUACUUUUUUCUAUUUUCCUACACUUUAGAAUGAAGUGUAAGUGUUUCUGCAGUUUGUGAAGAUUUAACAGUCAAUAUUUCAAAUGAUCUUUGGUGCUAGAUGAAAUGAAAAUGACUUUUUUAGACAUGUUUGCAAAUGACAAUAAAAUGUUUAUUUCCUCUCAAGCAAUGCUUAGUACUAACAAUCAUGGAGCUAGUACAGUGUACAUUUACUCCAGUACUGGACUAAAGUACACGUUUGAGGUACUUGUGUACACGUUUGAGGUACUUGUACUUCUACUCCACUACCUCUCAGAAGGACAUGUUGUACUUUUUACUCCACUACAUUUGUCUGACAGCUUGAAUUACUUUUCAGAUGUCGGUGUAAACCACGUGUCUCUAGAUGUGUUGAUGUACAAUGUUCUUUGAUAAACUGAAGGAUGAACUGUU